AUGGAGCGCUCGUACAUCAUGAUCAAGCCGGACGGCGUCCAGCGCGGGCUGAUCGGCGACGUCAUUGGCCGCUUCGAGAAGCGCGGCUACAAGCUCGUCGCGAUGAAGCUCGUCACUCCCUCCGAGGAGCUUGCCAAGCAGCACUACGCCGACCUGUCGUCGAAGCCGUUCUUCCCCGCGCUGGUUCAGUACAUCAUCUCCGGGCCGGUGUGCGCCAUGGUGUGGGAGGGCAAGGACGUGGUCAAGCAGGGCCGCGCCAUGAUCGGCGCCACGAACCCCCUCGCCAGCGCCCCGGGCACCAUUCGCGGCGACUUCUGCAUCGAGGUGGGGCGCAACAUCAUCCACGGCUCGGACGAGCCCGCGAACGCGGAGAAGGAGAUCGCGCUCUGGUUCCCCGAGGGCGUGCAGUCUUGGGACUCGGUGCUGGCCGGCCAGAUCUACGAGUGA